UGUAAGAUGUAUUUGCAAAAGAUUAGUUUGGAUUACUUAAUAUAGAUCCAAGCAUCAUUACAGGCAGAUUUUAGGGUCAAUUUCAUAGUUCACCCUAAUGGAAUUAUCUCAUCAUUUUGUAUACCAAUGAAUGUAAAAAUGUGACUGAGAUAACAUCAGGGUUUAAUUUGAGUUGACCUACAGUAUUGGCACACACAUUUCAACAUCAUCUGAUCAACAGCCAACUCCCUUUUGCCUCAAACUCCUCCUAAAAUGAACUUUCAAGAUGGUUUUGUGAUUAUUAUUUGUGGUGGUUAUUCUGAUGAGAUAAAUAUAUGAAUAAAAUACUGAUGAGGACUACGAAAACACACCAGAAGAAAGCAGACAGUGUAAACUAAAAGUUUUAAAAUCUUUUAAUAAAAGCAUUUUCAUAAUUGACUGUGUUUUUACGGUUGACCAUUUUAAAUAAUCUAUAAACAAAAAUAAUGUCAAACUAGUACAAAGUAAUAACUUUGAUGAUGAUUAUUGCUUAGGUUGGAUGUUUUUUCUGUUACAUGCUAAAUAUGUCCACAGCCUACAGUCACUUCCUUUCACUGGUGUAUAAAUAUGUCGAUGAACGUCCUCUGUUGUUUCGUUUACUGUGGGGACAAAAAAGAGCAUCAUGGAGUAUGAAGCACUUCAUCUAUUCAUACUUGCAAAUUUAUGUGCUCUUAUAACCGGUGCUCCGACUUCCACCUUGUGCUCUAAUGAGAAUCUGGACAUUAGUAUGGGGAGAUUUUCUCUCUCAAAUGGUUUUUCUGAAGGUAGCAUUCUGAGAUAUACUUGUCCAGAAGGCUAUUACCCAUCUGUUAAGAGUCGGCAGUGUAAAAAUGGAAGAUGGGACCCAAAACCAACAAGGAAAACACAGUGCAAGAUGGUCACAUGCCCCGAUCCUCGUGGUUUUGAAAACGGGGAGGUCUACCCUUAUCAGCAGAGAUAUUUUGUGAACAACACAACCAGCUACUCGUGUCAAUCUGGCUACACAUUCAGUGGCUCAGUGUCCCGAAUCUGCCAACCUAAUGGGAAGUGGAGUGGUGGCACACCAAUCUGUGGAAGAAACUCGGAUCACUGUCCUGAUCCUGGUGUUCCCCCUGGCACUACAAGGUCAGGCAAUAUGUUUAAUAUUGAUGACAAAGUUACAUACAACUGUGAGAGUAAACUGAUCUUGAUUGGUUCCCGUGAGCGAGUCUGUCAGAAAGGUGGCCUGUGGUCGGGGACAGAACCGGAAUGUUACGCUGAUUUCACAUAUGACACCCCAGAGGAAGCAUCCGAGAGUUUCAGCUCUUCUCUCAAGACAAAUCUACAGGUUUCUCAACAGUAUGAAGAAAUAGUUCAGCAAGGAAAGAGAAUAACAGUGAAUAAAGGUGGAAAGCUUGAUAUCUACAUUGCCUUGGAUGUAUCUGAUAGCAUAGAUGAAAAGGAGUUUGAAAAGGCGAAAGGUGUCAUUAGUAAACUCAUAGAAAAGAUCAGUUACUAUGAGGUCUCCCCAAAUUAUGAGAUCCUGAUUUUUGCCACAGAUGUUACCAGGAUUGUCACUAUGCGAGACUUUAAGAUUGGUCAAAAAGAUAACCUCUUACAAAUUCUUAAUAAACUAGGAGAUUUUAAAUAUAGCAGUAAAGGGAAACGAACCGGGACUAAUAUCGCCAAAGCUUACUGGAGCAUUUAUGAGAGUAUGCUAAUUGAGAAGGAAAUUGAUAAAAAGAGCUUUCUUGAGACUCAACAUAUUGUCAUCUUGUUCUCUGAUGGUCAAGCCAACAUGGGUGGAAAUCCCAAACCUAAGGUGGACCAAAUAAAAGAUCUUGUGAUACAAAAGGAUCCUUCACGUGAGGAAAAACUUGACCUUUAUGUGUUUGGAAUGGGUGAUGAUGUAAAUGCUGAGGAUAUAAAUCAUUUUAAGACUGACAGAGGAAACGAAAAGUUUUUUUUCAAACUUCGAGAUCUGCAUGAUUUAAAGGAGACGUUUGACACCAUGAUUGAUGAGGGUACCAGUGUAAAACUGUGUGGACUUUACAAAGAUUAUGAUGAUGGCUCAAAUUCCCAUAAGCGUCGUCAAUACCCCUGGUUGGCAAAGAUCAGUGUGACUCGUAGUGAUGGAACAAUUUCAAAAUGCAUUGGGUCAUUAGUCACAUCGACCUUCAUCUUGACAGCGGCUCACUGCUUCAAGUUUGGUGAUACAGCUGAUAGGAUAACUGUUGACAUGGAAUCAAAGUCUAAAGGAAUAAAAGUUAAAGAGUACAUACCUCAUCCUAGCUAUAAUGUUGCCGCAAAGCGUGACAAGGGUAUUUCAGAAUAUUAUGAAUUUGACAUAGCCCUUCUUCAACUGGAAGAUCCUGUAAUCAUGAGUCCUGAUAUUCGACCAAUUUGCAUCCCCUGCACCAAGGAAACCAGUGGAGCUCUAAAACUUUCAGACAGAGAGGGAACGUGCAAAAAACAUGAGGAGAUGCUAUUGAGUGCAGAUACCGUGAAUGCUGCUUUCAUGUCAGAUAUUGGAGGCAAGAUUGAACAGAAGGACAUCACAAUCAAACGGGGAAAUUUGUGGGAUGCUUGUAUUGAAGAUGCAAAAAAAGCAAAAGGAAUCACUGCGACAAAUGCAAAGGAUAUUGUUUCACACAAUUUUUUAUGCAGUGGUGGUAUUGAACCAACCACAGAUGAUGUUGCCUGCAAAGGUGAUUCUGGAGGUGCCACAUUUGUUCCUGGUGCACGAUUAAUACAGGUUGGUAUUGUAAGCUGGGGAGUGAAGGAUAUGUGUGCACGCAGCCCUAAACCUAAAUCUGAGAAAGAUUCCAGAGAUUACCAUACAAAUCUGUUCAGUCCAGAAAUACGUUCAUUCCUUAAAGAAUAUCUGGGAAAUGAAAGAAUAGGAACCCCUCUUACAUUCUUGUAAACAUUUAUUUAACAAUAGCUUAUUUGCAUAAACUUUGUGCAUGUGCAGUGGUGUUUAAAGAAUAGCCCUAAUAAAAGUGAAAAAGUGCAGAAAUGUUAUAAAUAGAUUUUAAUUCCUUUAUUUUGGAUGUAUUGAAAACAUGAUAUUUAAAGGCGGAGUCCACAAUGUUUGAAAAACGCGUUGGAAAAGGAGACGGGCCGACUACCAAAACACACUUAUAGCCAAUCAAAUCAAAUCAAAUGCCGGGUUGCGUAUGUGUGGGGCGGGUCUAUCAACAGAAGGUCCAGAUUCUAUUGGGGUAGGGGCGUGUUUGUUUAGGUGAUUUCAAAUAUCAACAUUGGCUUUCAAACAUCAUGGACUCCGCCUUUAAUGCCAAAUCAAAGCAUUAACAAAAUCAAGUCUGUCUGUCUUCUUUUAAAGGGAAACAAAAAAUGAAUAUUAAGCUGUUAAAAAAACAGCAGUGUAAACAUUUUUCUCUUUAGAUACUUAUAAACUGAAGAAUUUUUUUAAGAUUUAACUUCACUUUUAUACUAUUGAAUUAGUAAUAUUUAGUUGCAUAUCCCUUGUGGUUGAAAACUGCUGCACAUCUGUGUCAAAUUGAGUCAACCAACUUCUGGCAAGUUGAUUUAGUCCAGGAUCCACAGUUCCUGUCAAUUUUUAGGUUUUGCAUCAGAAACUGCAUUUUAAUGUCACCCAAGUUUUUAAUGGGGUAGAGAUCAGAGGAUGGCCACUUCAUAACCUCAAUCCUUUUGCCUGGAACCAAGAUUUUGCCCUCUUGCUUGUGUGUUUGGAGUUGUUGUCUUGUUAAAACACCCAUUUUAGGGGCAUUUUCUCUUCUGUAAAAAGGCAACAUAAUCUAUUUAACUUCUACAUCUGUAACUAAAUAAUCUCCAAAAUAUUACUACUAAUAAUAACAGUGGGUUAUCAGGUUGCACUGCUUUUUUUGAACACCACUGUACCGCAGUUAAAAUAAUUUUUUGUGUGUCUUUGAGCUUUGUGAGAAUUAUGCAAUUAAAGUCUUGUGGCAUAAUAAAGGACGAUAAAAAUGCAUACAACUGUUUAUCUU